UAAACCCUUUUUCGUCUUUUUCUCGUAUCCAUUAAUAGUUAUCACAUGGUACAGUCCCAUUAACGUAUUCAAGAUGGAAAAUUCUGCUUAUGCGCCCAAUCCACUGCCACCUCCUGCACUGGUUGUUUUUUCUCAAGCUGGAGGGCUGCCUGAGGCCCUGCGUAUGCAAAGACCGUUUAACCCACAGACUCCCGAGGUGAAGGAUCUGCACAUUCCAUUCUCCGCAUCGAGCUUUGGUCUCCGGCAUAUGGAUGGCUACCCCGGUCUCCCAGCGCAUCUUCUCCACCACCUGCAGCCCCAGUUCUUGCACCCGGCGCUAGACCCACGGCUGCCGUUUGGCUCCGGGGCGUUCCGACCCUUAGGCUCGUCCCCCGUCCACGAGAGCAAAGGGUUCGCGUCGGCCUUCGCGCCGCCCUCCAAGUGCCUCAAGAUCGAGACGAGCAACGGCACCCACGAGACGACGCUGUUCUCGCCCGGCGCCGCCGCCGAGGACCGGCCUUACAUGAACGGCCAGCCGCAGCAGCGCUCCGACAGCUCGUCGCCGGCCUCCGUGUCCGUGUCGCCGCCCAACCUGCAGCAGGUCGUCAAGGAGGAGAGCUCCGACACCCCCAUGUCCGAGGACCGCGACGGCACCGCGACGCCCGGCUCGGAGGGCACGGAGCGCUCCACGCCGGAAGAGGGACGAGGAUUUCGAAGUGAGUAUAUCCGGCUAUGGCCGCGGUGCCGAGGCCUUUUGUGUGUGGUGUCCCCUGGGGGGGUCAGUCACCGGGGAGGACAGGGACCCGGGGGGGCGUCCGUAAGCACUCAGCGCCAGGUGCCCCCAGAUGUUCUCCUCCCGUUCGGUUCCCAAGCUCCGGCCGCCCGCGCCGCCCGCAGGCCCUCUGUGUAAAUAUUUAGUGGUGCUCCGCCCACGCGGGGCCGAGUGGUGCCUCCUCCCCUGAACUCCCUGAUCCUGCCGGCUGGCCCCGGCCGGGAGGUCGGUCCCGACCUCUCCCCGUUCUCCUCGUUUUACGGGCUGUAAAACGCUCAACUGACUCACUUUCUUGCGCUUUUGUGCCUCGGUUGAUCGGAUGAGGUGUCACUCCCGGCGCGCAGUCACCCUUGGGGGUCGGCCCGGCCCGGGCGGCUGUCCUUGGCCCUGCCUUGGCCUCAGGCGGAGGUGUCAUUGUGCAGGUGUGCGGGGUGUGGGCCUGGGCCGCCCGCCGCUGGUGGACAUCGUCCGCGCCUAUACCGGACACAGACUUUGCAAAUUUCCCUGCCGGGACCUGGCUGGCCAUCCCCAUCGCCGCCGUCGUGCUGCCGUAUCCCGCACUUUCCUCUCACCCGCCACACUUUUUGGCACGCUUUGCGCGUUCAUUAGCCAAAGCAACAGCCUCGGAAACCCGAGUUGUGACCGCACCUCCAUACCUUGUCCCGCGCCGCUGCGUCCCGCCAGAGCGUCCCGCCGAGACCGUCCGAGAAGACCGAGCCCCGCUUUGUCGCCCCGCUCGCGCCAGCGCCGCCUCCGGGUGGGUAGUGUUACUCCUCGCAAAUUAUCCGUCCGAGCAACGAGCCGGUUCUGUCCUGCGUAGGAAUUGUAAAGUACGAAAUUUGUCCGUGAACAUUGAAAA